AAAAGCACUUACUCUUUCCGCCAUCUUUCAGUGCCGCCAGAAUGGUGCGCAUGAAUGUCCUGGCUGAUGCUCUCAAGAGUAUCAACAAUGCCGAAAAGAGAGGCAGACGCCAGGUCCUUAUUAGGCCGUGCUCCAAAGUCAUCGUCAGGUUUCUAACAGUGAUGAUGAAGCAUGGUUACAUUGGCGAAUUUGAAAUCAUUGAUGAUCACAGGGCUGGGAAAAUUGAUGUGAACCUCACAGGCAGGCUAAAUAAGUGUGGAGUGAUCAGCCCUAGAUUUGAUGUUCAACUCAAAGAUCUAGAAAAAUGGCAGAAUAACCUGCUCCCAUCCCGUCAGUUUGGUUUCAUUGUACUGACAACCUCAGCUGGCAUCAUGGACCAUGAAGAAGCAAGACGAAAACAUAUGGGAGCGAAAAUCCUUGGAUUCUUUCUCUAGGGAUGUAAUACAUACAAAUAAAAUGCCUCAGAGGGGAAAAUAAAUAAAUAAAUAAAAGCACUUACUAAUGUCCAACAUAUAACAGGCACUUUAAUAAAGCUUAAUUUUUUUUCUUUUUGCAGGCACAUCUUGGUUGUUUAAUGAUAAAUAAUUAGCUUUAGCUUAUAACUGAGCUUUGAACUUCAAAAGUGCAGUCAUAAGAUGUAUUUUAACUUACUUUGAAUGAUAAAUUAAAAACUGUUGAAAGACAAUUGAUCAGAUUUAUUAUACAUUAGACACAAAUAAUGGAGUCUUUUUUUAUUUUCUUGGCCAGGUACUGGUAGUUAACUCUCAAGGAGAAAUUUCACGGUUGAGCAC